UAAUGGAUGUUUAACCAAAGAUGCCUUAGGUAACCAGUAUUUAUAACUCUACUGUUACCAAGCAGACAUAACAAGACAAUUCAAAAGUUGUUCUCAUUAAUAGCUUACAAGUGAUCGAUACAGCAUUAGUAAAUGAUUUACAAACUAUUAAGAAAGCUACUAGUUACAACUUAUAACCCCUUUAUAAAGGGUGACCCAUUAGAAACUGGCACUCAGUUGGUCUACUUCUUUUCAACAUAUAUAAUAAAGCCAUUCUGAUUUAGUCAUAACUUUUUUAGUAACCAGGGAUAGGCUUUGAGUGAUGGAUAAGAGCACGAUGGGCCUUUGUUUUGUGUUUAUAUGUUUCCCUUUCUUUAUACCUGUGGCAGACUAACUUGCCAUCCAGCUUGAGUUUACAUUUGUCGUUUCUGUUUUUUUCCCUCUCUGGAAUUUUCCUUUGUAUAAUGCACUGACAAAAGCUCAGGUGAUUUCCGCAUGAGUGACUUUGGGAGGAGGGUGGUCAAAGUUCCAAGUCCAAAGUCAACAAACAACCACAGUCUUAAGAUGAAGGAUCCUAUUAGCACCUGCUCUUAUAACCAACUGUAUCAAAAUGUGAAACGAUUUUCAAAAACUGGGGAGUACUUUUGCAAAGAACUUCUGGCAGUUUUUCAGCAAAGAGCUGAGCUGGAACUUACUUAUGCUAAAGGACUGCAAAAACUUGCUGGCAAACUCAUCAAGGCCUCCAAAGAAAUGUCAAACAAUUCCACCUACAGUGCCUGGUGUCAUGUGUCAGAUGAGAUGUACUCAAGAGCAGACGCCCACAGAUCAUUAGGAAAGGCAUUUCAGCAAGAAGCAAUUCUGGAAAUCCGACAAAUCUUAGACGAGCAUAAUAAAAGGAAGAGGCCCCUUGACAGUGCCAUUGAAAGAACUGGAAAACUUGUUACUGCUAAUUGGAGUGAGCAACUCAAGAUAAAGAAGAAAUUAGCUGGACUAACAAGAGAACACGAGGCUCUGUUCAACUUUGUUGAGAACAACAAACACAUUUGCACAGAAAAGGAAAAACAAAAGAUGCUCAUCAGGCUGACUAAGUCGGCAGAAAUGCAGGCGCGGGUGGAUGAGGAGUACUUUAAUAUCAACAUUGAUGGUCAUCAGAUGAGACUCAAGUGGGAAAACACGCUGAAGAACUGCUACCAGAUCAUACAGGAGCUGGAGAAACAGCGAAUUGAAGUUCUGUGCAACAUUUUGAAUAGAUACAACCUUCACAUGUUCAGCAUUGGGCAGACCCUCAAACAUGGCCAAAGACAGAUAGAACAGUUGGUCCAAAGGGUGGAUAUGGAUAAGGAUAUACAAACCCUGGUGGAGGAAAACAGAAUCACAGCUAGUGAUAACAAAGUCGAAUUUUUGAUGGCUGAUUAUUUUGAGGAGGACAGCAAAUCACUGAUGGGAAAAGACCGAAGACGAGAGGCCAUCAAACUCAAACUCCAACGUCUGGAGGACAAUAUUACAAGAACAAAGAAAGACUGUGAAGGAAUUGAAAAACUGAUGAAAAUGUACUCUGAAAAUCCUUCAUUCUCAAACCAAAAGAACCUUGAGGAAACUGAACAGCAGCUUGAUGAGAGUACUCUAAAACUGGAUCUCCUCGAGGCAACUCACUACAAACUCUCUGUAUCACUGUCUGAAUUAGAAGGAAAAGCCAAGUCCUUUCACCGAUUCGGUGACAGCAUUGUGAAAUGGAAAGAUAAGGACUGCGAGCAUAGUGUUGUUCAACUGACUCGACAAGUCAAACUCAGGAGGACACCAUUCAGAUCCCGACAGUCACUGAGAGCUUCCAUCAUUUACAAAGGACCGGCUCAGUUUGUGACACAGCAGUCCGUGGAGCCUUCACUAGGUGCCAGUGACCAGGUCACCUCCACAGCUUCAACACAUGAAACUGAAGCGAUAGAGUGUGGCAGCACUGUUAAUGGAGCCCUGGCUCACACAGGUGAUGACAAAGGACAGGGUCAAACAACAUCAAAGUUGUGCAGUAUAGGAAAAUGCAAGGCCCUCUACAAUUUCACACCUGAACAGGAUGAUGAAUUGACUUUGAAAGAGGGAGCUCUUCUAAACAUUUACACAAAGGAGGAGAAUGGUUGGUGGUUUGGUGAACUUAACGGGCAGACAGGUCAUUUCCCAUCAGCCUAUGUUGAGGAGCUGCCUGUGUUAAGCAUUGCCAAUUCAUCCGAUGCCUGA